AACUGUCUGGCAACCGACGAAUCGCCGCUUGUGCAUCAAACACUUGGCUGAAUGAAUAGGCUGGUAUGGUAGGAAAUGAGAGGGGAAGAUGAUCCAGUCCACUCCAGAGUCGAGAGUAGCAGACUCCUUUUAUCUCCGAUCCGUGCAGUUUCCUUGCUUGCUUGCUACACUAGAGUCGGUCACCAGAAGCAGCAGACUAUAUCUCCCUCUUCCUGCUUUGCUUAAUUAGCCCUCUUAUAGUACUCAUUGCCUUGCUAGCCACCAGCUUCAGCUUCCUCCUCCUCUUGCUGUGGUUGCCAAUUGUAUCUAGCUCGCCAAUCAGCAGAGCCAAGAAGCCAAGAUGCCGCACGCCAAGACGGACUCCGAGGUCACCAGCCUGGCGCCCUCCUCGCCGCCGCGCUCCCCGCCGCGCGGCCGCCCCGUCUACUACGUCCAGAGCCCCUCCCGGGACUCCCACGACGGCGAGAAGACCGCCACCUCCGUCCACUCCACGCCCGCGCUCAGCCCCAUGGCGUCCCCGCUCCACUCCUCCUCUUCCAGCCGCUUCUCGGGCCACCCCAAGCGCAAGGCCGACAAGGCGCCAGGACGCAAGGGCGCGCCGCCCGGCAAGGGCUGGCAGGAGAUCGGGAUCAUCGAGGAGGAGGGCCUCCUCGACGACGAGGAGCACACCAGGAUAGUGCCCAAGCGAUGCUACUACCUUCUCGUCUUCGUCCUCGCCUUCGUCGCGCUCUUCUCCUUCUUCGCGCUUGUGCUCUGGGGGGCAAGCAGAUCCCAGAAGCCGCAGAUCGUCAUCAAGAGCAUCACGUUCGAGAACUUUAUCAUCCAGGCGGGCACCGACGCGUCGCUGGUGCCCACGGACAUGGCCACCACCAACUCCACCGUCAAGUUCACCUACAAAAACAAGGGCACCUUCUUCGGCAUCCAUGUCACCGCCGAUCCCUUCGAGCUCUCCUACAGCCAGCUCACGCUCGCCACCGGAGACCUGAAGAAGUUCUACCAGGCGCGGAGCAGCCAUCGGACGGUGAGCGUGGCCGUCACAGGGAACAAGGUCCCGCUGUACGGCGGGGGCCCGACGCUGACGGCGGCGCCGGGAGCAGGAGGAAAGGCAGCGAGCGGCACCGUGGCGCCGGUGCCGAUGGUGCUGAGGACGACGCUGCACUCGCGGGCCUACGUGCUGGGCGCGCUGGUGAAGCCGCGGUUCACGCGCGGCAUCGAGUGCAAGGUGCUUAUGAACCCCGCCAAGCUCAACAAGCCGAUCUCCCUCGAAAAGGCCUGCCAUUACUCCUAAAUUAUUCAUUCCGCUCAGCUCAAAUUCGAUGGAUCAAGAUCAUCGCUUCCAAAUGUAUUGUUUUUGUUAAUUCUUUUCUUUUUCCUUCUCUCUCUCUCUCUUCUUAUUUCUUUUUGUCGGUCAUACUCAUAUAUGCAUGCAUGGCUAUGAGUAUCCAUUCCUAAUGGCUGUAAGACAGAGAUUCGUUCUAGUAUACCGAUCAAUCCAAUUCUUUGCGGUGUCAUCGAUCGAUCAGGGGAAUAAAUUGGUCGCUCGAAUUGCUUCUUGUUAGUA